AAGUCGAUGCUUCCCUGGCCGUCAGGUACCUGCCUUAAUCUGCCUAGGUACAUGGAUACUUGCUGUAGCGGUAGAUGGAUUUUAAAGUGGGUGAUGUCAAAAGCCAUUGAUAACCGUCGUCUAAAUAUUGCGUUGCCGUAGCUGCCGUUAGGUACCUUCUAAAUCCAGCACGGUACAGCUGAAAAACCACUUUAACUUCUGUAAAUUCGCAAUAUCUUGUCUUCCAUUUGCCCCUCCAACAUUCAAAUGCCCCGCACCGUUCUCACGCGACUUCCUUCAAGUCAGCUCAAGCUUCUUAAAACCCCAACUUUGUCGGCUUACAGAAACUCUCACUUUGUAAACUUCAAACAAUCUCCUCGUCCGUUCUCACUUCCGGCUUACAGUACCAGAAGGACCUACCUUACUCCAGCGAUUCGAGCACACCAAUCCCGCAAGAUGGCUCCUCAACUUGACGGGUACUUUUCCCAAGUCGACGCUCUGUCGUCGCACUUCAUCGACCGCCUCGCCAAGGCUGUUGCCAUUCCCUCCGUCUCCUCGGACGCCUCCCGUCGACCUGACGUCGUUCGCAUGGCCCACUUCCUGGCCGACGAGCUCAAGACCCUGGGCGCCACCGUCGAGCUCCGACCCCUCGGCAAGCAGCCCGAUGCGCCGGAGCUCGAGCUCCCGCCCGUCAUCCUCGCACGGUACGGAAGCGAUAAGAACAAACGCACCAUCCUGGUAUACGGACACUACGACGUCCAGCCCGCCGAGGUGAGCGACGGCUGGAGCACCGAGCCUUUUACCCUGAAAGUUGGCGAGGACGGCCGCAUGUUCGGUCGUGGAAGUACGGAUGACAAGGGCCCGGUCCUCGGCUGGCUGAACGCCAUAGAGGCUCACCAGAAGGCCGGCGUCGAGUUCCCCGUCAACCUUCUCAUGUGCUUCGAGGGUAUGGAAGAAUACGGAUCUGAAGGACUGGACGAGCUUAUCGAGAAGGAAGGCAAGGGGUACUUCGCGGACGCCGACGCCGUGUGCAUCAGCGAUAACUACUGGCUAGGCACGGAGAAGCCGUGCCUAACUUACGGGCUCAGGGGUGUGAACUACUACUCCGUUGAGAUCUCGGGUCCAGGCGCCGACCUACACAGUGGUGUCUUCGGUGGCACGGCACAGGAGCCAAUGACGGAUCUAGUGCGUGUCCUGGCCAGUCUCGUCGACACCGACGGCAAGAUUCAAAUCCCCGGAAUCAUGGAGCAAGUAGCCCCCGUCACUAAGGAAGAGGAGGGUCUCUACGACAACAUCUCCUUCACGAUGGAAACCCUACACGAGUCUCUCGGAGCCAAGACCACAAUUUUCGAGGACAAGAAGUCGACCCUGAUGGCCCGAUGGCGGUACCCUUCUCUAUCCGUCCACGGCAUCGAGGGCGCUUUCUCCGCUCCCGGCGCCAAGACCGUUAUCCCGGCCAAGGUCAUUGGCAAGUUCUCCAUCCGCACCGUUCCCAACAUGGAGAUCGAGCAGACGAACGAGCACGUCUACAAAUACGUCAAGGAAGUGUUUGCCAAGCUCGGGAGCAAGAACACGUUGAAGGUGUUCGCGCAGCACUGCGGAAAGUGGUGGGUCGCCAGCCCGAACCACUGGAACUUCCGAGCCGCGGGCAAGGCCACCGAGCGCGUCUGGGGCGUCCAGCCAGAUUUCACACGCGAGGGCGGAAGCAUCCCCGUGACUCUUACGUUCGAGCAAGCUACCGGCAAGAACGUCCUCCUACUGCCCAUGGGCAGCUCGACGGACGGCGCGCACUCGAUUAACGAGAAGCUGGACAAGAAGAACUAUAUCGAGGGCAUCAAGCUCCUGGGCGCGUACCUGCACUACGUUGCGGAGGAGCCGAUGGAGUAGAUGAGUGGCGCUUUUGGGGAUGGAUGAUAGGUAGGUAG